AUGUAUCGGUCACGGUUGUACAAAAAUAAGGGAAAAGAUAACGAGGAACUCAGAAGAAGGAGAACCGACCAAUCUGUUGAGCUUCGGAAGGCUAAGAAGGAGCAGCAACUGCAAAAGAGACGCAAUGUUGGGAUUGAAAUGGAGAAGACGUCGCCAUUGACUAAUCACCCUAAAAGGUUGCCACCACCUAGCUACGAGGAAAUUGUUGCUGAAAUGGGGAGCUCGGAUGUAAACAUUGCGUUGACUGCCACACAAAAUUGUCGCAAAACCUUGUCGAAGUUAAGAAACCCUCCAAUUGAUGAGUUUUUUGAAAGAGGCGCUCACAAAAUUCUUGUUAAUUUGCUGGAUUCUGACAGUGAUGAAAUAAUUUUCGAAGCUGCUUGGGCACUUACGAACAUUGCUUCCGGUGACUCGCAUCAUACAAAGGGAGUUGUUGAAGCCGGUGCUGUACCGAAACUCAUCCGUCUUUUAAGUCACUCUGAUAUCCGUGUAGCUGAGCAGUGUAUUUGGGCUCUAGGCAACGUUGCCGGUGACGGGACGAUGUAUCGCGAUAUGCUCAUUCACAAGGGCGUUGUUUUGCCAUCCCUUGACCUUUUGCAACGAGCAUGGGACUCUCCUAACGUUGUCUCGAAUGUUGCUUGGAUGCUAUCCAAUCUCUGUCGAAACAAAAACCCCGACCCACCCCUUUCCACAUUACAGCAACUCCUUCCUACUUUUGCACAGCUUCUGGUGUAUCCGCACAGCCCAGAGGCCGUUGUGGACACCGCCUGGGCGCUCUCAUACGCCAGUGAUUGUGGUGGCGCUUUCAUUGAUGAGAUUCUUAAAAGUGGGUGCGUUUCUACCUUAGUCCGUCAUCUUGGCUCGGAAUUCCCCAACCUUGUAUCUCCCUCUCUGAGAACCAUUGGUAAUCUUAUCCUCGGCACUGACAAGCAAACCCAGGAUACCAUUGAUUGUGGUGUGCUACAGUAUGUUCCCAGACUUCUCUGUUCAAGUCGCUCUAAUGUCGUGAAGGAGACUUGCUGGAUGCUCAGUAAUAUUACUGCAGGCAAUUUGCGUCAGAUUCAGAUGGUAAUUGAUGCUGGUCUUAUCCCGAAAAUCCUUGAUAUUAUGCGAGAGGCGGAGUUCAAAGUUCAAAAGGAAGCUUGUUGGGUUAUAAACAAUAUCAUAGUUGGUGGAUCACCCGAACAACUGGCCUUCCUGCUGAAUCUCGGAGUUCUUGACUCCCUGAGUAAGAUGCUGUCGGUGACGGACCCUGGAGUGAUAAAACAGGUGCUCAGCACGCUUAAAAAGAUAUUCGAGACUGCUGAGGCAUACAACCAACUAGAAAACUGUUGCCUAGCUCUUGAACGUUGUGGCGCCCUGGGUGCUCUCGAAAAGCUGCAAGAUCAUCAAAACGAAGACAUCUACUUGGAGGCAUACAAUUUUAUUUCCCUCUACUUCAACGACGAGGAUGAAGAACAAUCUCAUUCGACCACUGAGAAACCUAAUACUGGUGUUGAUGACAGCAGUACUAGCCAGCAAAACUCCGAUGAGUUUCGCUUCCAACCUCAGCAAACGAAACCCGAUUUCGAUUUUUGA